GCGAGCGGAGCGUCGAGGUCGUCGCCGCCGCGGGGGGAUGGCGCGCGCGGGGGUCUGGAUGCUGGCGGUCGGCGUUCUGCUGGCGCUGGCGCCGGGCCGGGCCGCGGGCGCCCUGAGGGCGAGCAGACGCCCGGCGCGGCCGCGGGGCUGCGCCGAGCGGCCCGAGGAGCUCCUGGAGCAGCUGUACGGGCGGCUGGCGGCCGGCGUGCUGGGCGCCUUCCACCACACGCUGCAGCUGGGGCCGCGCGAGCAGGCGCGCAACGCGAGCUGCCCGGCAGGGGGCAGGCCCGGCGACCGGCGCUUCCGGCCGCCCACCAACCUGCGCAGCGUGUCGCCGUGGGCCUACAGGCCUCUCCAAGCCUCCACCUGCUGGUCAGUGGGCCUACCUUCUCCUGGCUACUGGGCAAAGAACCGAGUUCCCUUGUGGCUGAGCUCCCUCCCACCAUGGACGGUGGGCCCAGAACCCCACCUCCUGCCUUCAUCAUCUCUUCAUUCACCUGAUGCCCUCAGGACACACAUGUUGAACCAUUCAUUAUGGUGGCUUCAUUCUCUUGCUUUCCCUCUUUCUUCCUGCCAUUCCCACAGCCCAAAAGGGUGGACUUUUAUAUCAUCCUUCUUCCUCCAAGCUCAUGUUAUACCUUUGAUAUGCUAAAUAGCAUUAAAGAAACUUGGAAGAUCUCUCAAAACAACAGCUUGGCUUUUCCAGACAGAAGUGCUACCUCUGCAUUUUUCUACAAUGAAUUCUAAUCUCUCCUGGCAAAUAGAUGCCUCCCAGACUAGGCUGUGGGCCGAAAGGCAGAAGCGUAACACACAGCAGUGAUUUUUCAAGACCUCCUGUUGGGCACGUCCCACAUUGCUGGCUUGGACUGUUGAUGGUAUUUAAGCAAAAUGGAAAAAGUGAAUGAGGAGCAUUUUUUGGAAGGAAGUAAAUUCAGCACUAGGCCCGCUGAGUUUUAUGUGCCCGAGAGGAGCAGAUGCGUGAAUGACCACGUGGCCCGCAGGUGGCAGGCCAAAGGAGAGAUCGGGGCUGGAGCGCGGGUCAGGCGUUGUCAGCCCUAGAAUUCUGCAUAGUACGUUAAAUUGAGUCGUCCUUACUACCUUUCCUGGGGACUGACACCUGUGUCCCCUAGGAAAGAUCCAGGAGCCGCAGGGAGGACGGAGAAUGGCUAAGGGAGGUCAUGGACAAGAGCAACACACGGCAUGGAGCGGUCCUGGCCUAGGCUGCCCAGGUCUGCCCGUGGAGCCUUUGUGCUGUGCGGAGCCGGGGGGCGGGGGUUACGUCUGCAUCAGGUGGCUGGUGGCAUCAUCUGCGUUCUCCGUGUUACUGUUAGCGACGGAGAUGCAGUUGCUCCCCCAGUGAGCAAACGGAGGCUCUCCGCCUCGGAAGGAAGGACAGUCUUCGAGGGAUGGGCACUGGUCAGGACUGCACGUUGCUGGGUGCUGACGCGGGCCCGGCCUUCUCCCGCCGGGAGCCGGCUCUGCCCUCCUGGCCUCUGACCACUUCCCACUGCCUCCUGAGUCCCUGGGAGCCUGGGGAAAGCAGUGCGCGGGAAGCUCCAAAGCUCUUGCGCCUAGAAGGUGCGUGGAAGGAUAGGAUCGGUUUCCUCGUGGUGUCGUGGUGCCUGUGUAACCUGGGGGAAGAGUGCGCUCCCCCGUGCAGCCGUGAGCUUGGAAUUGGAAGUGGUAUUUAAGGCUAGAAACAGUCAGAACUCUUAAGGAGGAUGGACGGGGAAACGGACUGUCGGUCCGAAAUAUUGAAAGGCACAGAAAGGACCACUUAGGUGGGUACGAUAGAAUUUAAAACAGAAAUCUGGAUUAUAAGGUGGCUUUUUACUUUUAGCGGGGAUGGAUCAUCCCAUAAAUGGUGUUGGGACAACUGAGUGACCGGCUGGAAAAAACACGGUUCUAUCUCACUUCCACGUACAAAUAAAUUCCGAAUGAUUCAAAGAUUUAAAUGUAAAAAUACAACCACAAACACAUAAAAAACAUGGUCAGUUAUAUUUACAGCCUUGGAGUGGAGCUUUAGAGAGUAGCUCACAGACCCCCAAAGCCGUAAAAGACAAGACCGAUAAAUUCAGUUACACAAUUAUAUGCCAUUUCUUCUUGGCAAAUAAAGAGUAAAAUAAAAUUAGAAAGAUACAGAGGCCAACUGGGAGACGUAACCCACGUCCCAAAGGGCUCCUUUCCUAAAGAGUUCCCGUAAACCAGUGGCAAAAAUGUGCACCGAAACAAGGAACGGAAGCUGUGGCCGGUUCCUGGGGAAGGAGGAUCGAAUGGCAGUCGUGUGGAACACCAAGAGAUGCCCAAUUUCAGGCACCGUAAGUGAAAUACAUAUCAGAACAAUGCUGAGAAACCUUUAUUUAUUUUGGGGGUGCCCGUCAGGCUCUCUUGGCAAGGCGGGGGAAGGCAUUCUCAUAUCGCAGAGGAUGCGAAUCGGGACAAGCGGGUGUUAGCUAUCCACGCUUCAAAUUCGACCCAGCAGUUCCAUCCCAACAUCCCCCAAAAGGCAACUAGUUGGACAAAAUGCCGCAAAAACAGCCAGAGAGAGGAAUGGGGUGGCUGCACACCCGCCUGAGGCGAGCAGCCCAUCACUGCCCACGGGCGGAUAUGGCAACGUGCAGUGGAGUGAGGACGGCAGGCUGCCUGCGUUUGUGUGCUAGAAGACAAGCUGUUACAUAACAUGUGCAUAUAUAAAGUGGUACUUGAAAAUGUACACACACACACACACACACACACACACACACACUGGGGCCCCUUUGGAGCCUGGUGAUCAUGGUGCCUUUUGGGGGGGGGAGCCUGGAAACUGGGGGCAGAGAGUAGGAAGGACUCUUACUUUCCACUCCUUUGUUACCUUCGAAUUUUCUGCCAUGUGCAUGUAUUUUUUAUUUCAAAAACAUCUCAAUUUUUAAAUUGAGAGAAGAAAGGGAAAUUCUCCAACUGUGAGGAAAACGCAGAUAGCAAAGAAACAAAAUUCAGCAGGUGACAACGGCCUUCGAUGUGGGGAGAGCACUGGUCUGAAAAGAACUGCCCUGACAGGCCGUAGGGCUUCCAGAGGAGGCCCCGCAGAUCCGAUGGAGCCCUGGUGCCCCCACAGCUGGGCUGUGCUGCGUCCGAGGACCCAGGCCUGGACAGGGCAUGAAAUCGGCCCAGGGGACAGGCAUUAAAUGGUAGAGCCAGGGCCUAACCCCGACCUCCGAUUUCAUUGAGCCCAUGCUUCCCAUCAGUAUGCUAGUAAGAAAAGCAGCAUUCAACUUCCAGAAUAUAAAAAUAUUUUCUCAUUUACUUUGUGGCAUCAUGUUUGUUUCUCUUAAGCUUUAGAAACAAAAUGCCAAAAAUAAAAUCCAUGUGAUUGCUCAUUAAGCUUUUUUUUCAAAGCCAAAUUGACACAGUAAGAAAUGUAUUGGAAGAACAUUGAGGUUUAUUAAGGUUUAAGGUACACAUCACUCAUUUACGUUGACACCUCAAAGAUAAACACCCACCGAUACUCGAAAUAAUUUUUAAGUUGUUUAUAUUUUUCAAUUUUGGGUCGUGGUCUAAAGAUAGCUUUUCUCUAGGAUAGGAGUCAUGCACAAUAAUUUAAUUUUAAGCUUUACUACUUUUCUAUAUAACUCUUUUCCUCCUGGGAAUUUAAGAGACUGCACCUAAAUUUAUUUGACCAUAACUCCAGGAUCAGAGGGAGGGCAAGG